UUCAAUUCCAAAUUUCCCACCCUUCAGGUGAAAUUUUUUACACCGCCAAACUUUCACUAAACUUUCGAAAAACUCAAGCGAUUCAAUAAUUUGUUCAUAACGAAACCGAAAGUCAUUGUUCGAUGAAAACCCGCAAAAAAAAUUCCAUCAAACAUCCUGUUCUUUCAUCGCGCUUCCGUUACAAUAACUGUCGCGAUUAACGCGCCAAUCAAAUUACGAAAUUCGAUCCAAACGAUUUUACAGGGCGCGAUGUUGAACCACCGCACGAUCGUAUGGCUGUUGCUCUGCAACCUCAAGCUCACCCUACAGCAAUCCUACCAAAUCGAAGACAUCCCCAUCGAGCACUACGUCCACGAGGACGUCCGACGCGACGAAAUCGACGUCGAAUUAAUGCCCAGGACCUUCGACAAACUCCAAGCAGACGAAAGCGAGCAAAUAACCGCCCACGAAACACCCCCGUGCGAACACCCGACCGCCAUCAAACGACCCAAACGCGAAAUAGACACUCGAAACUCCAGCGGAAAUCUAAACAAAACUCUAACCAUAAACGAUUUCAUCAAGUUCAAACGCUCCGUUGCCCCAGACUCGCGCAGAACCGGAGCCACCCCCGCGGAGCAACAAUGGACCGACGAGAGUAUUCGGGUGUCUUCGGAGGCGGCGCGGGCGCCCCGGGCGCAUUUCGUCACCAACGGCAUGCCCGACAGGAACCCCCUGCAGUACAAGUUCGACAGGGAGCCGCGCUCCGAGAGCACCAAGUACCUGCAGAGCGACUUGCCCGACGAAUACGACUACCACCGGCCCCCGUCGGUCAGGAACCGCGUGUCCAGGACGGGCAGGUACAAUCCGAGCACCUACGAUAGAUAUCCGGCGAGCGACCGCAGGAGCUAUUACAGGAGACAGGAGUACCCGGAGAAGCCGUAUUACGAUCCCGAUUAUAACGAAGUGGCCAGGAAACGGAGGAUAAUUUAUUACGCGACGCUGCCGGAGGCGCCGAGGAAGAGGAUGGAGGAGCCGCGUCGAUUGCAGGAUCGAUACCGGUACAGGGACGUGCAGGAUUAUCGGUUGUUCGCUCCCGAAACGUACAACGGCUACAGGAAGCGGGAAUUCGACUAUCCCAGGCGGGUGUUUGAAAUAUUUCGAACGAAAGAACCCGUUUUAGUUACAUAAUUCGUUUGCUUUUUAGGUACGACGUGAACGUAUCGACGGGCGUGAACGUGCGAGAAGUGAAGAAGAACCCCGAAAGGAGGAUUUAUUCGGACGUAACCCGACAUCGGUCCUACAAAGAGAAUUAAAUGCUAACUAACAAUGUACUAGAAGUUUAGAUUUUUUUUUAUAAUAAACUGCCUUAUAU